AUGAGACACGUGGAGCAGGAGCUGUUUAGAAAACAUGCAAAACGUCUGGAAGUGGACCAGCAGUGGAACAUCUAUGAUCUCAUCGACAGUUUGGAAUGGAACACACUGGUCACGGAGGUGCAUCUCGAGAAAGCGCUGCGUAUGCUCGGUGAUCCUCGAUUCGAUGCAGCAGCGUUGUCUGAUUACGAGGUUGCUGCUCUGUUAGCUGCUACGGGUCGCCGCUGCCAAAUGCUUUCCGGAAAGCAAAGAAACACUUUCACCGCUAGGAUGCUUCAAAUUUUUAAUGCCAGAGGUGUUCGAUUGGGAUUAGCCGCCCGGAAUGCUCUACUUGGUGCUCAAAUAGACAAUAACGUUGAUGUGGAUAUUAUUGGA